GUGUUUCUCUCUCAUCUUCCUACCAUUCUUUCUCUCUAAAGUCUAAUCCUACCCUUCUCUCUCUUACUCCAACCUUCUAACGCACGCUUUGAAAGCUUUCCGUAAAGUUUUUCAACCCUCAACCAUGUCUAUAUAAACACCAACAAACGCAGUUUCACGCACUUCACGUUGAGUAAUUUUCUCUCCCACCUUCUCACCAUGUCCACCGACUUGCACCUCCACCACGAGUUGCCCAAGCUCCGAAUCGCCGCCGUCAAACUGGAAGACGCCCCCUCCUCCCCCCGCCGCGAGGUCUCCUCCGUCGUCGACACGCCGCCCGAGGAUCAGAAUCAUGUCGCCGCCGGAGCUACGGCCGGGGCCGCCUCUGCCACCGCUGGCACCGAGGAGGACGAGAGUUAUCGCACUCCGACGUCGAAGGAGAGCAGGAUUCCGGCGAUCAUGACGUGCCCGCCGGCCCCGAAGAAGGCGAAGCCGUUCAUUUCGUGCAAAAGGAAGCUUCUUGACGAGUUUCAGUUCUUCGAAGUUUCCAAUGAGGACAUGGAUGCGUUUUUCAGAUCCACUUUUCCCAAGAGGAGUUGCCCUUGUACAUGAAAAUUUUCGACACCACACCUUCCACCUUGUCAAACUACGUAAAUUACACAAUUUUUUUUCUUCUUUUUUCCAACUCCACUUCUUUGUUUUUAUUUUGGUUUUUUCAUAUGUUAUAUAUAUUUCACUUUGCGUAAGAUGUGAAAUAUUGGAUCCCGAAUCGUAUAUGUUCAUUAAUCCAAUCAACACAGCGUUGAAUUAUUCUCUCCAACCCAUUAUCAUUUCAUUCCUUCAAUUCAGUUUGAUGGAGGUGUUCUCAAUUA